AUGAUGGAUAUUGAUAUGAAUCAAGAUGAAACAUUAGAUGAAACAUUAGAUGAGAUGACAGAUGAGAUUAAUGUUAUGGAGAUGGAAUGUAAUGAAUUUAUUCAGGACAUUCAAAGGUAUUUUAUUAUCUCAAUGAAUGUUUAUGUGGGAUAUUUGGUUCGAUAA